AUGGUGCUGGCCAAGGGUAAACUCGCGGACGAUCCGCGCGAUGCGGACGCGGUCAAGCCGUUCAUCCGACCGACGUACAAACCGGAGGAGAUCCCGCCCGAGCUUUACACGCUGGGUGCCCUGGUGUUCUCGCUGCUCGGCGUCACCAUGCAGUACAAGUUCUGCGCUUGGGCGGGCGCCACGUUCGCGCUCGCGGCGUUCCUGAACAAGAGGAAGCACGACUCCGAUUCCAGCCAGAUCCUCUCCGGCGUGCUGUUCGCGGUGUCGGGUCUGGCGGUCGUGUUCAUGAACGGGUACCACGGAGAGAAGGCGAGGGCGUUCGGGUCGUCGAAGCACUUCGAGGGAUCCGUCAAGGUUGAGCUGUGA